GAUGAAGUAAGGAGUAAAGAUCUGGAAGAACUGAUUUGGAGCUGGCCAGUUGUUCUCUAACAGACGCGGGGAUCUGGCGCUGAAGCUCCCUGGAUACAGAGACGGUUUUCGGUUAUUUAUUAUUAUUAUUUAUUUUAUUUUUUUUACGUUUUCGACAUAAACCCUCUUUGUCUUUAUUUCAUUUUGUGUUGUACAAUCCAACAAGGAUGCGGAGUGGAUUGCUGUUGUUCCUUUUCAGCCAAGUCAUCUUGGUUGCCUCCUUGAGUCGGACUGACAAAUGCGAAUGGAAUAAAACCCUAGAGACAGACGCAGUGAGCUUCGUGACCUCCCCGGGCUUUCCCUGGACAUAUCGACCCUCCCAGGACUGCACGUGGGUGAUAACCGCCCCAAAGCCCGAUCAGAGGAUCCUCGUCGUCUUCAAUCCGCUUUUUCAUCUGUAUGACACAGACUGCAAACAUGACUAUGUGGAAAUUUAUGAUGGUGGAGAUGAGCUUUCACCCACCAUUGGAAAGUUCUGCGGGAGGGUCGUACCACCCAAGUUCAUCUCCAGCGGCAACCAGCUCCUCAUCAAGUUCGUCACUGACAAUGAGGACAACGGGUCAGGAUUCUCUAUGAAGUUAGAGGGCUACAAGACAUUUGAAUGUUCCAGAAACUUCACGGCUCCCCAAGGCGUCAUCACAACACCGUUCUUCCCCGAGAAGUACCCCAACUACAUGAACUGCACCCUCACGAUCUUCGCUCCAAACAUGUCAGAUAUCGUGCUGGAGUUCGACAGAUUUAACAUGGAGGGCAAUCCCUGGCAAAAGCCAGUCCCCGUCUGCCCACACGACUGGCUGGAUAUCUGGGACGGCCUCCCUGAAGUGGGUAUUUUCAUUGGCAGAUACUGUGGCAAAACCUCCCCGGACCAAGUGAUCGCCUACAGCGGCAUCCUGUCCAUGACCAUCACCACUGAUGAUGCCACUGCCGAAGAGGGCUUCUCCGCCAACUACACCAUCCGCGAUAAGAGACACUCCUUGGUAGAUGAAGAUGCGGUAGAUAAAUGCGGGGGGAAUAUAAGCCUAAAGACUGACAGGGUGAACUACCUGACAUCCCCGGGCUAUCCCCUCGAGUACCUGCCCUCCCAGCAGUGCAUAUGGGUGAUAAAAGCCCCUGAGCUGGUUCAGAAGAUCCGCAUCAACUUCAAUCCGUUUUUCCACCUGGAGGGCACAGGCUGCAACCACGACUAUGUGGAGGUUUAUGACGGCGGUGAUGAGCUUUCGCCCACGUUAGGAAAGUUUUGCGGCGUGGCUGCACCGCCCCAAAUCACAUCCAGCAGCAACCAGCUCCUCAUCAAGUUUGUCACGGACGAUGAGAACCAGGGGUUCGGAUUCUCUGUUGGCUACGAGGUCUUCAUGACAGGCCCAGAUUGUUCCAGAAACUUCACAGCUCCCCAGGGCGUCAUCGAGACGCCGGGCUUCCCUAAGAAGUACCCCAACAACCUGGACUGCACCUUCAUGAUCUUGGCCUCCAAUACGUCGGUGAUCGAGGUAGAGUUCAAAAGCUUCAACAUGCAGGCCGACCCCACAGCACUGCAGGGUGUCCUCUGCCGACUGGACCGGCUGGACAUCUGGGACGGUCUCCCUAAAGUGGGUCGUCACCUUGGCAGAUAUUGUGGCCAGGAGUUCCCCCACCGGGUGACGUCCCACAGCGGCAUCCUGUCCAUGACCGUCAUUACUGACAACAGAGUCAGCAAAGAGGGAUUCUCCGCUAAUUAUGCCAUCCGCAAGAAGAGCCUCCUCCCGGAUCACAAGAGGAAAUGAGGGUGAACAGCUGGAUUAGUGAUGAGAAAUAAAGAGACUGAGAGUCUGUACCGGUGAGCAGGUGGAACCUUCCUAAUUUUAGAAUUAGAUCAAUCAGACCACCUGCUGACCAAUCACUAAUACUGCAUCUGUCUAGGAGGAACAUUGAAUAAAAGGGAGAAAAACUGGGAGAAGAGAUUCUUGUUCUCUGUGAGAUUUGUAUUUUGUACUCUGUUAUUUGAAGAAUAAAAAAAUCCAUGAUUCAGUAUUGAA